AUGGACAACCUGCCGGUAGAGAUCCUCACCAAAAUCAUCGAUCUUCUCACUCCAUGUGAGAAGGUGCAGCUGCAAUCCGUUUCCAAGAAGUUUUUCGAUAUUGCCCGUGACAAUAAUCUGUGGAAACUGCACUGCUAUGAGCAAUCCUGGGCCGCCUUACAGGCCUCCCGUCCGGCGGGCCGGAUGUCGGAGAGCCUACUCGCGAAUCCGACUGCGUCGUUGAGUACAUUGGGACAGGGUUCGCUACGUGAUCUGAUCCAGCCUCCGGCUCCCCAGCAGGACCAGAAUAAAAUAGCGGAGCCAGGAGCGCAGUCGCUGAGUGACAGGGCUAGGGCGGCCUCGGAGUGGGACUCUUCGGCUCUCGGAGAACAUGUCGAUUGGUAUUCGGAAUAUAUUGCCCGCCAUGGACCUAUCUCAUUAUCAUGGGUAGAGCAACCGUUUCAAAAGGGCGAGGGGAGGAAGCGUCAGCCAUUCGAAGUUAAGGGCAUGGGGUUGUUGAAGGACUGGAGCUCUGCGAGGCAGAACAAGAUUGUGGCGCCCCUCGAUGAUGGCAGUGUAUGCAUCUGGGACUUGAACCAUUCUCACAGUGCAAAUUCGCAAUCAACCAAGGGAGGAAUUCUAGGUAUAAGCGAGCCUGGAGCCCUCAUGGCCAAUCUUUCUGGCCGUCGGGAGCGUGCCCCGGCGAAAUCAGCGCUGGACUUUAUCAACCUUGGCGAGGGCGUCACUGUCGACUCAUUCCGCCGACGAGCGUACCUUGCUAUUGGGAAUGUUCUCAAUGAGGUUGAUCUCGAGACACUCAAAGUGAUAUCACAACAGCGUUACCCCUGGUCGAUCUUUGCACUAUCUCAAGAAACAGAUUAUUCAGUACCACUGACGCUAGCUACAACGCUCAGCCUGCAGAUUCAUGACUCGAGACUGUCUGCCAUGGAGGAAGAGGAAGCGAUUAGCUUGCGGUGCGAAAAGAACUCUACGCCAUUGAUUCCAGAGCUGGAUAUAUUCCCCCAUUCCGACUCACCACAAUUACAACUCCAACCCAAUGGUCUCCCUCCGCGUCGGAUUCGCAGUCCUGGGCCCGGAGAUGAGCAUUAUGCACCACUCUUUCAACCAGGACCUUUGUCCAUUCUUCACCCGCCAGCACCGCAUUUCAACACCAUACUCCUCGCGGGUCGCUUUCCUAGCAUUCUCUGUUAUGAUCGCCGCUUCUUCCCUCGUUUGCAAAGCACAGUUCAUUCUGGCGGUCGUCUUUGUGGUCUUGCCUCUGCCCCCGAACCUCGAUUCCCAGUACACUCCGACUCGACAUAUCUUGAUUCCCAUAAUAUCGUCGCAUGUGGCGAAUACAAUGGCCGAGGGUCACUGGAGCUAUAUAAUCUCAAAUCAUCCUCUGAAAACCGCGAAGGCAACCCCUCCAACCGGACAUCGCAGUUGACUCCGGAAUAUAGGAAUCGGCAAAGUGCGGCGAGCUCUAAGUUGCUCUCCGUGGUAUCUCACGGCAACCGUCUCGUGUACUCCGAUUCUGAGGGCAAUAUCAAAUGGGUUGAGCGAAAUGGUCGCGCCGAAGUCCGCCGCUGGAACGUCAAUACUUCUCACCCGCAGAUUCCAUUCUCAAAACGUGACAGUGCAUUUAUAUUCAGACCAGAUGACGAUCAGCCGCAGCCGCGCGGCCUCUGGCCAAGCUCUCAACCGCAAAAUAACAGCAGCGAGGUGGCGAGAAAGAUUCUCCCCACCGGGGGCAAUCUGACAGGAGAUGAACUCCUCGUAUGGACCGGAGAACGCAUUGGCCGACUCAAGUUUUCCGUUCCUGAGAACUCGGAUGUCGAGAUGGGAGAUGAGGAGGAUGAUUUGUUUAUGCAUGCUGAGGUUGACGAGGAGAAACGCGAGGAGAUGCGGCACAAGCACCGCGAUGAGUGGGAGAAGGAGCGGCGGUAUGAGGAGACGAUGCGUCGUGCAUUGGAGAGGCAGGCUGAUGAGGUUCGGUGGAUGGGGACUGAUAGUAUGGGUUAA